AUGAUGGGAAUGCGGAAGAUUCGGAGGCACUCAGCGGACGAGAGUCAAAGGACAUCUGUCCUUGCUGGAAAUGAGGAUUCUGUGGAUGUAUCUGAUACUGGGGUGAACCUCCGUAUCCUCGUUGUGGUGGCUGUUGCAGGGGGUUUGUUUGUUGCCAAGGCUGGUGAACUGAUGAGUAGAUGCCAUGGUUUGGCUCCGGUCGUGGAGCUAGCUCUCUCUGUUGCUGUUGAAAAACAGGAUGGUCCCAUCCGAUACCAAGAGGUGAUUGUUGCGACGCAGAAUCGUGAUGCUGUUGAGGUUGGUGUGGAUGUUGAGGUUGAGACGGCUGUUGAAGCUGCUGCUCGGGAUCUGGGUAGGCGGGAUCAAGCGUGCUCCAGUAAUCUGAAGGGAGUGAGGAAUUCCCAUGAGGUAAUCCCUGCAUGGGAUUUUGAGCUGAUUGCUCCAUGGUGA